UCCACGCCGCCGCGCGCCCCUCCCUCCUCCCAACGGCCGACGAGCCUCCCCCAAGCCGGGACAAGGCCGACUCCCACUCCCCGGAUCCCCCCGCCGUCGCGCCGCCUCCCUAGAUUCUUCCCCUGCCGCGAUCCCUCUUCGGAACCCCCACACGCCUCAUCGGACCCUGCAUCCUCGGUCACCUGCCCUCCUCCCCAACGGUCGGCGCACGACCCCGCCUCCGCCAGGGCCGAUGAGCCACCUCCCAGCACCACCCUCGGAUCCAAUGGUCGCAUGCUAUCGAUGGGCCAUGGAACCCCGUGCGCCACCGCAGGGUCCUGGAUCCCGAGCGCCAUCGCUGGUCCCUGGAUCCCACGCGCUGCUGACGCCUGCCCAAGCGCGCUGCCGAGCCGCCUUGACCAUCCUGCUUCGUCCCGGCUUUGCCCGACUCCCGGUGACGCGCCCAACACUUGCUCCCAGCCCCGCCAUCCACCGGUGACGCGCACCGCCAUGGACGCAUCCUCCAGCUCCACCCUGCCAUUGCAGUCCAACGUCUCCGAUUGCAUCCGUUCGCUAGUGAAGUGUGAGACGGCCUCCUCCGGCGACGCCACCUCCUACCCUCACAUCACGCUGGGCAUCCACCUUCCCCUGCAUCGGGGCCAUUUGUGCUGGUGUGGUGCGUGUGAGAUGCCGACCGCUGAAGCUGUUCAAAUUUCAGGUAGUUGUCCCGCUGAGACGUUCAAGCAUUACCGUAUAACAAGUUCAAUUAUGGCGUUAGGUGCGGAUUCAGAUGCACUCACGUUGUUGGCCUGGGUUUGUAAAAUAGUAAAAGUCCAAGUGUGACUGUAUAAGUUGUUGCAUAGCAUAUCCCUCCAUUAGGUGCAUUUCUGCUAUAAAGUGCAGGGAGUAGCUGAGUUACCUGAAACAUUCAUGGACAUAUACGUACAAACAAACUUAUCCAUCAAACUUAUUCAUGAAC